UCGCGGCCCGGAAGGGGCGGGAUGGGGCCGGCCCGGCCGUGAGACCCGCCGGGGGCCGUGAGGGAGCCCCUGGGCCAGUGCAGGAUCGCCAUGGAGUCCUGGCAGCUCCGCUUCGACACUCUGGAAGCCCUGCGCCUCUCCAGCAAGGGCCGGCUGAGCUACUGCAGCCACUGGCAGGAGGAUGAGGCUGCCUUGGAAGGAUGUGUGGCUCCCGUUGAGCUCUCCCCUUACUGCGGCUGGGUGCUGGACAGCCUCGGUGGGCAGUUAGCACAGGAACUCACACCCUCCGGGACUUCAACGCCCAGACAGUCCACUCCACUCCCAAAACGAGCUUCUGCGGAGAAGAUCCCGCCUGGCAGCCACCGGAGCUCUUCACCACCUUCAUCUACAGAGCCCAGUGAGACCAAGGAAAAUGAUCAUAGUCUCCUGGAAAUCAAUCAAGAAGUUGUUCCAGCAGUUCUGUCAUCUAAAGUUGCAAAAGUUGAAGGCUGCAUUCGGAUGUAUGAAGAGAUGCACAGGCUGAAAGCAAAGGAGAGGCUGAGACAGCGGCAGGAGGAGCAGGAGCAGAUGGUGAGGGCAGCCUAUGCCCAGGCCAGUGAGCAGCUGAAGCGCUUUGAUGAACUGAGGGAGCUGAAGCGGCAUCAGGAAUUCCAAGAGUUGCAAGAAGUAAUGGAGAAGAGCUCAAAGGAGGCUCAGGGGCAGCAAGAGAAGUUGAAGGAAGAACACCGACAUAGAGCAAAGAUAUUGAACCUAAAAUUGCGUGAGGCAGAGGAGCAGAGGCAGCGCCAGGAAGAGCUGGAACGUUUGCGCAAGGAAGAGGGCCAGGAGAGACUGCGCCGCCUUUAUUCCAUCCAGGAGGAGCUGCUGCAGCUGAACCAGCAGAUUGAUCCCAACUACAGGCACAAAGACUUGCCCAGAAUUGAUCUGUCUGCAUACAGCAAUCGUGGCAACCAGAUCUGUGGACUGGUGUCAGGGCUCAUCCGCACCACGAGCGAGAAAGGGUUCCCAACUCAAGCAGAUGUGGCCAGCACUGAACGAGCUCUGCAGGAGAUGCGAGGGUUGAUAUCCAGCAUGCAGCAGGAAAUCACUGCAGCUCUAGAAGAAAAGAAGAGGAAAGAUGAAGAGGAAAAGAGACAAAAGCAGAAAGAGUUAGAGAAAAAAGAGCAGAUGAAGAGUCAGACUCCUGCCCCUGCACAGCAGUCAGGGGAAAAGCAGCAGAAGGAAGGACUUCAGGUUAAAACAGAAGAAAGUAUCAUGCAGUGGUACCAGCAGCUUCAGGAUGCUGCUGAGCAAUGUGUUGCUGCUUUCAGUGAAAUUGGAAACUGCAAAGGCAACACUGAGGUGAAGAAGAUAAAAACCAACUUGCAGAAAGCAGCUACAAUCCCUGUGAGCCAGAUCUCUAGCAUAUCAGGCUCUAAGCUGAGGGAGGUGUUUGACAAAAUCAAUAACCUGCUGUCUGGGAAGCCUGUUCAGACUGAAGGGCAAACGGUGUCCGUGACUCAGCAUCCACAGGGGCUGGAGUUUGUUUGCUACAAACUUGCAGAGAAGUUUGUGAGACAUGGGGAAGGAGAAGUAUCUUUUCACCAUGAUUCAGCUUUCCCAAUUGCUGUGGUGCUCUCAGGAAUCUGGGAAUUACACCCUCGAGUCGGAGACAUUUUUUUAGCUCAUCUGCACAAAAAAUGCCCAUAUUCUGUGCCAUUUUACCCUGCUCGGAAAGAAGGGACUUCUAUGGAAGAGUAUCAGAGGAUGCUUGGAUAUGAAGUUCAUGAUUCCAAAGUGGAAGAACAAGAUCAUUUUCUUAAAAGGAUGUCAGGAAUGAUUCGUCUCUAUGCUGCCAUCAUUCAGCUCCGCUGGCCUUAUGGAAACAAACAAGGGGCACAUCCUCACGGUCUGAGCUAUGGAUGGCGCUGGCUUGCGCAGAUGUUGAAUCUGGAGCCUCUGGCAGAUGUGACAGCUAUGCUGCUUUUGGAUUUCCUGGAAGUGUGUGGCAAUGCUCUGAUGAAGCAGUACGGGAUUCAGUUCUGGAAAACAAUGUUCUUUAUCCAGAAAUCCUAUAUCCCAAGAAUUGAAGCUGUGACCAGCUCUGGCCAGAUGGGCUGUUUGUCACGUUUGAAGAAUUUCGUGCAGAAAUGUCUACGUGCAGAGGAAAUUCCAUUACCAAAGGGCAUUCUGACACCUUCCUUUUGGAGAACAUAAAUCAGCCUGUAUUUCCUUUCCCCUUAAAGUUUAAUUCAAGAAGACUGAUUGGUUAGUCUUUGAAGCUAAUCUUUGCAUUAGAUCUUUAUAAGUUUUUGUAUAAUAAAUUACUGAAAGUUCAA